AGGGGACAGAAGAGGUCGGCUCCUGGGCCGCUGCGGCCGACCGGACCCUGGGGGCGGCCUGUAGCGGUGGAGUCCGCUGAGGUCCGCGGGCCCAACGCAUAAAGCAACUGUCCGCGUCUAGCCUCUCCCGAGUUUCUCAGUGACCUGGGUCGGGGGGCUGACCCUGGGAAUCUCUGGGUGAGGGGUGCUCGACCCUGGCCUAGGUAUUCCGGAGCGGUGGAGCGCGUCAGUUCUGUCUUUGAGAGCAUUUGUUUGGUUGGAGGCGCUCAUCUCCACCUCAGUGGGGUGUAGGGGCUUGUCCCUGCCCUCGGGAAGCACGAGGGGGCAGCGAGACACAACAGCAAGCAGAAUGGAGCACUACCGGAAAGCUGGCUCUGUGGAACUCCCAGCACCUUCCCCGAUGCCCCAGCUACCUCCUGAUACCCUGGAGAUGCGGGUCCGAGAUGGCAGCAAAAUCCGCAACUUGUUGGGGCUGGCGCUGGGACGGUUGGAGGGCGGCAGCGCAAGGCAUGUGGUGUUCUCAGGUUCUGGCCGGGCUGCAGGGAAGGCUGUUAGCUGUGCUGAGAUUGUCAAGCGGCGGGUACCAGGCCUACACCAGCUUACCAAGCUGCGCUUCCUGCAGACUGAGGACAGCUGGGUACCAACCUCACCUGACAAAGGCCUGGAUCCUCUCACAGUGCGCCGACAUGUGCCUGCGGUGUGGGUACUGCUCAGCCGGGACCCCCUGGACCCAAAUGAGUGUGGCUACCAGCCCCCAGGGGCACCCCCUGGCUUGGGCCCCACACCUAGCUCCAGCUGUGGCCCUCGACCCCGAAGAAGGGCUCGAGACACCCGGUCCUGAGACCUGCUGAGCAAGCUGUUCUCUAGGCCCGAAUUUCUGAGAAGCCUCUAUAACUGCUCAACAUCUUCAACAAGACUUGAAUCCACAAAAGUGGGUCUCCCUGUUCUGCUUUCCCUUCCCUCUGGCAUGUGGAAGGGGCUGCUAUGUGGGGUCUCUGCCGGGUUCCGGAUUGCUUAAGAAGGGCUUACUCGGCCUUCCAUCUACAGUGCCUCUGACCUGCCUUCUGACAGAGAGAGAUCCAGGGAGUGGGUUAGGAAAUAAAGGUUCUGCCUAUUUGUCUGAUGA